CCUCGCCCAAGAUUUUCACGGUACGAACGCACGAUGGCCGUCGUCGGUCACUUUCCUUUCGUCACGAUGGCCCGCGAAGAGUACAUUCCGCUGACCAAGCCUGAGAACGCCGGCCUCCGCCGCGCCGAGGCCAAGUGGUACAACCGUGUCAACAAGGUCGCGGUCGCGGCGGUCGCGGCCUCGGCGCUCCUCCUCACGGCUGGCUUCUCGGGCUCCGUGACGUCGUCGACGACGGCGAUGACGCCGCUCGACGGUGCGUCGUUCUGCGACGUUACCGGCCAGGCGUCCGGCUACAUCAACCUCCCGCACAAGAAGGACGGCAACUACUUCUACUGGUUCUUCGAGUCGCGCGCAGACCCGGCGAACGACCCGCUCGUGCUCUGGCUCACUGGCGGCCCCGGCGGCUCGAGCAUGAUGGCGCUCCUCACUGAGAACGGCCCGUGCUCCGUCUCGGCCGACGGCACGCACACGGUGCAUAACCCGCACUCGUGGACCAACAACGCCAACGUCAUCUGGGUCGACCAGCCGAUCGGGACAGGCUUCUCGUACGGCGCCAAGGGCGACUACGACCACAACGAGUUUGACGUGGCGCAAAACAUGCACGCGUUCCUCAACGGCUGGCGCGAUGCCCACCCCAAGUUUGCCAACCACAAGCUCUUCAUCGCUGGCGAGUCGUAUGCGGGGCACUACAUCCCCGCGAUCGCCGCGCACAUCCUCGACACGGCCAACGACGACGACGGCUACAAGCCCAUCGAGCUCUCGGGUGUCGCGAUCGGCAACGGCCUCACCAACCCGACGGUCCAGCUCGCGCACCACGCCGACAUGCUCCAGGACAACGCGUACGGCAAGAAGCUCAUGAACGACCACGACUUUGCCGCGUACAAGCUCGCGGUCAAGAAGGUCACCGACCUGGCGCACAAGUGCAAUGCGGAGAACGACAACCUCGCGUGCACGGAAGCCACUGCGCGCUGGAUGACGGACGUCUCGCACCCGAUCAUGUCGGUCGCCAACGUCGACCCGUACGAUCUCCGCAAGGAAAACAUCGCCGUCCUUAAGAAGGAGGUCGAUGGCACGCACGCGCCGCUCUCGCCCGACAUGGUCGCCAACUUUGGCUCGCCGGCCGUCCACGCCUUCCUCAACAACAAGCUCGUCCAGGAGAAGCUCAACGUGCACACGGACCGCGUCCACGGCUGGAAUGAAAUCGCGCAGCAUGUCUUCCGCAACUUUAUGGGCGACUUCUCCAAGACCUUUGACGGCAUGGUGGCCAACAUCCUCGACGCCAACGUCCCGGUCCUCAUCUACGCCGGCGACGCCGACUUGGUCUGCAACUGGAAGGGCAACUACGCCUGGACGACCGGUCUCGAGUGGAGCGGUCAGAAGGCGUUCAACGCUGCCAAGACCACCGACCUUGUCGUCGACGGCGUCGCCGCCGGCACGGUGCAGUCGGCCGACAAGCUCACGUUUGCCCGCAUCUACAACGCCGGCCACAUGGUCCCGGCCGACCAGCCCAAGGUCGCUCUUGAGAUGAUCAACCGCUUCCUUGCCGGCAAGCCGUUGGCGUAAGCUUAUGUGUGUUGACUCUUUCCUAAUCGAAUGCCGGUCCUCGGUCUUCUCGUCCGUUGAUCGAUGUUUAUAUACGGUGUGUGUUUCUCAAA